UGUAGAUCGAAUAAUGGCGCUCGUGGUGAGUUUAUUUGGUGUCUCACUAUCGACCCUAAUUUCUUCUGCAAUUCUUUUACUUAUAGGCCUAAUAUUCUUGGGACUUCUAAUGAUUCGUUUAACUACAACAAAUAAAGUACCAGAAAUACGGCGGUUUGAGAGUGAAAAGACGUACAAGGACCCCAACAAGAAUAAUGCCACGUAUUCCUUUCCGUUCAUGGAGGAAGAAGGUUCUGUUGACUUGUCUAUAGUGGUUCCAGCAUACAACGAAGAGGAGAGAAUGCCGACUAUGCUGGAUGAAGCUCUGGGUUAUCUCAAAUCAAAAAAGAAAUCCAAUCCUUCAUUUACAUAUGAGAUCAUUAUUGUUGAUGAUGGGAGUAAAGACAAAACAACUGAGAUUGGUCUUCAGUAUGUGAAAAAAUAUGGCAUUAGCAAUAUUAGAGUUUUGACGUUAGCUAAGAAUAAAGGAAAAGGUGGAGCUGUUAGACUGGGUGUUCUUAGUAGCAGAGGUCGAAAGAUCUUGAUGGUUGAUGCUGAUGGUGCAACAAAAUUUUCUGAUUUAACCAGAUUAGAUGAUAAACUGAAUGAAGUGGUCAAGACAAAGGGAGUUAAAUCAGCCAUAAUAGUUGGAUCAAGAGCUCAUUUACAAGAAGAGGCUGUAGCUCAUUGUGGGUUUAAACUGUUCACAAGACCAGYGGCAUUUCUAACAUUUACAGCUCUACAUGUGGAAAGAUGGGCAUUUGAUGUAGAACUUCUUUACAUUGCUCAGCAACUUGGCAUCCAUAUAGAUGAAGUAGCUGUGAAUUGGACAGAAAUAGAUGGUUCCAAAAUGAUUCCUUUCUGGAGUUGGCUUCAAAUGGGCAAGGAUUUGCUGCUAAUUCGUCUUCGCUACGUCUUAAACGCUUGGAAAAUCGACCCAGUUAAACUGAAAACCCAGUGAAGAGCAACCAUCGUAACUCCAUGAGCAUCACUUCUCGACCAAUUUGAGUGAAGUCAAAAACGAGAGAAAGGAAAGGAAUUCAAAGUCAGUUUUCUAGUGAACUAUGGAUGGAAUUGUCACUGACAAAAAUUAUUAGUAUUAUCUCUAUAACUAUUCUAUUUGUUUAAUAGUUUAUUUGCAUGUUUUUAACGCUGUUAUUCAGCAUAAUCUCCGAUGGAGGCUAUAAUUGUAAAAAAGAAUGAUAUUUCAACGCGAUGAAUUCGAUAAAUAAACACGAAUUUGACAACAACAAAAAAAGUAAAAAUCGCACUUC